AUGUCUUUCUCCCAGUUCGGAUACCCCUACAGCACCACUUCGCAGAGCGACCGUUCCCUCCAAGUUCCGCCCGCUCCGCUCCGCGCGUCCCCGCUCCCCGCGCCGGGAGCUCCCCCGCCCCCGCCCGCCCCCGCCGCUCCGUCCGCGCCGGGGCUGCCCCGCGGCCGCUCAGCGCGCCCCGUCUCUCCGCCGCAGUUCCUGGUGCCCGGCAGCCCCGGCGCGUCCUGCUGCGAGCCCGCUCCCCGCUCCGGCCCGGAUGCGUCCUCGGCGCCGGCCGCCGCCUCGCUGUGCUGCGCCCCGUACGAGAGCCGGCUGCUGGCGCCCGGCCGCGCCGAGCUCAAUGCGGCGCUGGGCAUGUACGGAGCCCCGUACGCCGCCGGCCAGGGCUACGGCAACUACCUGCCCUACAGCGCCGAGCCCGCCGCCAUCUACACCGCGCUGAACCCCCAGUAUGAGAUCAAGGAGGGCGCCGGCACUCUGCACUCGGGGAUCGCGCAGCCCGCCGCUUACUACUCGUACGAGCACUCCCUGGGGCAGUACCAGUACGACAGGUACGGGCCGGUGGAUUUCACUGCCUCGGCCCGGCGCAAGAAUGCCACUCGGGAGACGACGAGCACCCUGAAGACGUGGCUGUACGAGCACCGCAAAAACCCGUACCCCACCAAGGGCGAGAAGAUCAUGCUGGCCAUCAUCACCAAGAUGACCCUCACCCAGGUCUCCACCUGGUUCGCCAACGCGCGGCGGAGGCUCAAGAAGGAGAACAAGAUGACCUGGUCUCCUAAGAACAAAGCGGGGGAAGAGAGGAAGGAGGACAGCACGAGGCACGACGGGGAGUACGGCGCGGGGAGCGACGGCCGAGAGCAGAAGAGCUGCAAGGAGGACAAGGAGCUGCGACUCAGCGACCUGGACGACCUGGAGGAGGAGGACGAGGAGGAUGAGGACGAGGAGGAGGGGGGGAAGGCGGCGAAGGGCCGGCCCGGCUCUCUGCAGGAAGCCCCCGGCCCCGGCGCGGCUCUGCCCGGGGCCCCGCGGAGCGCCUGCAGCGUGCCCGGACCGUGCCGCGCCUUCGCCUGCGCACGGGCCCCCGCCGCGGCCCCGUCCCCCACCGCCCUCGCCCCGCCGCCCUACGCGUCCCAGGAGAAGCCGCGCAUCUGGUCGCUGGCGCGCACGGCCGGGGCCAACGCGGCGCGCAGAGACAGCCCCGAGGGUCGCGGCACGGAGGAGGGCGGCGGGGCGGCUGGGGAGCUGCCCCCGGCCCCAGAAGCCCCGUUCCGGAGCUCCGCCUUCAGCCCCCAACCCGUCCCGCGGAGCUGCGCGUCCCACCGCGGCCUGGGGCAGCCGUGCCAGUACGCCGCGGGCGAAGGUACCCGCGCCGGCGGGGGCGGGGGGGACGGGGCGGACGGGGCUGCCGUCGCCGGCGCGACCGCGGCCCUGAAUCGUGCCCGGUGCCCCGGGGAGCGGCGGGGCCGGGUCGGGCAGAGCCCCAGCGAGCUGCGUGUGUCUGUGCAGGCUUCGGGCGGGGCGGCGGGGGCGGCCCGGGAGGCGCCGAGCCGGGCGGGACGUGCCUGGAGCGGCUGCGGACGGCCUUCAGGCCAGUGCUGA